AUGGAGACCCCCGCGAGCCUCUCCAAUAGUGCCGCCGCGGCGACGAUCAUCCAGCGGGCUUUUCGCAUCGCCCAGAGGCGCAUAGCCUCGGACCAGGCGGACCUCGCGGCCAUCCUCAACUCGCUCGAGGAGGCCGAGGAGCACCGGAUAAACGCGAGGACCGGCGUGAUGAGCCGCGUGGGGAAGAACCUGGAGUCCAUCGGCGCGGGCUUCGGCAUCAGGUCUAUGAUUCGGUCCCUCGCGGACAGGAGGCACGCCAAGGAGGAGCCACAGACCGGCACCCUGCCCUCGCUCACGAUAACCUCGAUCGACAACCUGGUGAACGGGCUCGGCAACGGGGAGAGGGUGGCGCAGGUGGACGCGCUGACCAUCCUGGGCGCGGCGACGGUCAUGUUCAUGGAUGAGCCAAGCGUGUGCGACGUCACGGUUCCGCCCAAUGGGAAGUGCAUUGUCGUCGGUGACCUCCACGGACAGCUGGACGACCUGCUGCACCUGUUCAAGACCUUCGGGCAGCCGAGCGAGAAGCUGACGUGGAUCUUCAACGGCGACCUCGUGGACCGCGGCGACCACGCCUGCGAGAUCGUCCUGCUCAUCUUCGCCCUCAAGCUCAAGCACCCAAAGUUCGUCUUCGUCAACCGCGGCAACCACGAGGAGCCGCACAUCAACAUAUACAGCGGCUUCGAGGAGGAGUGCAUGGCGAAGUACGACCACAGGGUGUUUCAGAUGUUCCACGCCGCGUUCGUGUGGCUGCCCUACGCCUGCAUUGUCAACGGCAAGACGCUUGUGCUGCACGGCGGGCUCCCCAGGGACGAAACUGUCUCUGUGAACGACAUUCGUAAUAUCGCGAGGGGACCGGACGUUUGCAGCGAGAAACAUAACAUGGGCAACGAGGAGUGGAUUCGGGACGUGCUGUGGAGCGAUCCGCACCACGACCCGGAGUUUUUGGGAUACGAGGUUAGCUCCAGGGGCGCGGGCGUGCUCUGGGGGAAGGAUGCUACGCACAGAUUUUUGGACAAGGAGGGUCUGGCCGCGAUGGUACGAUCACAUCAGUGCGUGCAGAACGGCGUCGAGGCGGCGCACGACGGGCGUGUGUACACGGUCUUCUCCGCGUCCAACUACUGUGGCACGUCCGGAAACCUCGGCGCGGCGGUGGUUUUCUCGCAUGGCGACGAGAAACCGACACAGGUAUACCAGUGGGACCAGAGCAAACUGUCGUCGAUAGCCGGGCAGGUGAUCACCUCGCGGCAGUCCCGAGAGCAGAAGCGACUCGCCGCGGUGAGGCAGGCGGCGGAAUACAUCGUGGAAAACAAGACCGCGCUGAUGGAGUACUACAGGAGGGUGGACAGCGCGGACACCGGCGUGGUGUCCUUCUUUGAGUGGGCAAAGGGUCUCGCCGCUGUCCUGCAAGUGAGACUCGCGUGGCAGAAGCUGGUCUCUGGUCUGGUCUCGGCGGAUGACAUGGACGCGUCGUGCGACGGCGUGCGGUACGAGAGGUGGCUCCAGCGGUUCACCGUUGAGCUCAAGGGUGGGUGCAAGGAGUGGCAGGAGGAGGUGGUCGGUAAGAUAUCCGCGGCGGUGUUGCAGUCGGGGGGCGACCUCGUGAGGGCGUUCAAAGAGAUUGACACGGAUGCGAGCGGGGAGAUCUCCAACGAGGAGUUCAAGGUUGCCGUGCGCACCAGGCUUCCGUCCCUCGCGGUCCUCUCCGACGCGCAGCUGGACGCGGUGGUCAACGCGUUCGACGCGGACGGCAGCGGGCAGGUGGACGUGCACGAGUUUGCGGACAUGCUCAAGCGCCAUAUCGCACGGUCCAUACAAAAGUCGACAAAGGGCGCCGACCUGGACGUCGUGGGCCUGCAGUGGCACACGAAGGCCGAGCCCGAACAGGCCAUCGAGUGCGAGACACCGAAGACUGGGUUGGAGCGCGUGCUCGCGGACGCCGUGGCGCAGCUGUUCUUCACGCACAGGCGCGAGCUGUUUCACAUCUGGCACACGUACUUUGAUGUCGAGAAGAAGGGGUCGAUCUCGGCGGAUGAGUUUGUGCAAUCGGUGCAGGCGCUUGACACGGAGGGUGGGACGGGGAUGCUCUCCGACGGGUCCCUGCGCAGGCUCGUCGAGGUGCUCGACACGAACGGAGACGGGCGGAUAGACUUCAUGGAGUUCUCGCGCAACAUCGGGAGCCUGGUCGAGCGGGUUCACGGGAACCCCUCAAUUCAGAGAUAG